AUGGGCAAAGAAGGAGGAAGACCUAUGUGGGAUAAUCCCAUUCAGUUUGUCCUAGCAUGUGUAUCUUACGCAGUCGGACUUGGCAAUGUUUGGCGCUUUCCAUAUCUGUGUCAAAUGCACGGUGGAGGUGGAUUUCUGAUCCCAUAUCUAAUCAUGUUGGCGGUGGAGGGUGUGCCACUGUUUUACAUGGAACUGGCAAUUGGACAAAAGAUGCGUCUGGGCAGCAUCGGGGCAUGGAGUGCCAUCAGCCCAUACCUUGGGGGAGUGGGUAUAGCAAGUGUUAUGACAUCCUUAUUCCUGUGUCUGUACUACAAUAUUAUCAAUGGAUGGGCCUUCUGGUACCUUUUUCAUUCAUUCCAGGAGGUGCUACCCUGGGCAGACUGUCCAUUAAAUGAAAACCAGACUGGGUACCUGGAAGAGUGUGAAAUAGCCACACCCACGCAAUACUUCUUCUACAGGGAGACACUUAACAUCAGCUCCUCCAUCAACGUGAAUGGGAGCAUUCACAUGGGCCAGGCACUGUGCCUCCUGUUGGCCUGGAUAAUUGUCUAUUUCUUCGUUAUACGGGGGGUCGAGUCCACUGGCAAGGUAGUGUAUUUUACAGCCACCUUUCCCUACCUGGUCCUGAUCAUCUAUUUGAUCCGAGGAGUCACACUGCAUGGAGCAUUGAAUGGCUUGCGCUACAUGUUUACUCCUAAGAUGGAGCAGUUGCUCAACCCUGCAACAUGGAUCAAUGCUGCCACUCAGAUAUUAUUCUCCCUUGGCCCAGGCUUUGGCUCCCUUAUUGCCUUUGCUAGCUAUAAUCAGUACAACAACAACAUUGAGCAGCAGGCCAUCAUUGUCUCCUUGAUUAACAGUGGCACAUCCAUCUUUGCUAGUAUUGUCACCUUCUCUAUCUAUGGCUUCAAAGCUACAUUAAAUUAUGAGAACUGCCAGGAAAGGAUGAGAAUGCUGCUUUUAAACACCUUUGACAUGGCAGAAGACACCAUCAACACAGACGACAUCAAGUACUGGCUAGAAGAGCUGAACCGCACGCAUACAGAACUGUUUGAAACCAUAUCCUCACAAGUAGAACGCUGCAGUUUGGAGUCUGAGCUGAACACGGCUGUGGAAGGCACGGGUCUGGCAUUUAUUGUGUACAGCGAGGCUAUAAGGAACAUGCCAUUACCCCAGCUGUGGUCUGUCCUGUACUUCUUUAUGCUUUUGAUGCUUGGGAUGGGGAGCAUGCUGGGAAAUCUCACAGCCAUCAUCACUCCACUGCGUGACUGGAAACUUCUGUCCAAGUACGUCAAUGAAGAGACCUUGAGUGGUUUGGUGUGCGCUGGCUGCUUUCUCCUUGGCUUGGGCUUCACAACCUCUUCCGGCAACUACUGGUUCACAAUCUUCAAUGACUAUGCUGCAAACCUCUCCCUGCUCUUCAUCGUUAUUGUUGAGGUCAUCAGUGUUUCCUACAUAUAUGGAAUAAAGAGGUUUGAAAAGGACAUUGAGGACAUGUUGGGUCAUCGACCUAAUUGGUACUGGAAGAUCAUGUGGGCAGGGGUUUGUCCUCUGCUGCUGAGUGCCCUCUUCCUGUUCAACAUUGUCAGCUACAUCGUCGGUGGCACGCUCACGUACCAAGUCUGGGACAAAGACAUGGCCAAAAUGGUGAAGUUGGAGUUCCCUGCAUUUGCACAGGCCUUCAUCGGCCUUCUCCUGAUAACCUCCAUGGGCUGCAUCCCCUUGAUGGCUCUCUACACCUUCUGGAAAAAGAAGAGACUGGUGAUUGAGGUUGUUGACAACACUUUGUCCACUUAAAGUAGGACGGACUGUUCUGAGACUAUGUGUGGGUGUCGGGACUGCACUUCUGUGCAUAGAAAAAAGUGAAAUUCAGAGCAUUACCUCUACUAAGUGGCACGUACCCAAGUAUGUAGGUUUUUUUGCCCCUCUGACACAUGACUAAUACACUUUGGUCCUUUGGUGAUAGCGGCUUCCAUCCUCUUAUAUUAUUUUCAUUACAUUGUUAUUGUAUUUUAACAUUCAUUCUAGUUCAAAUCAUAUCUCUUAACCCAUUAAUGGCCAGAUUAUUUCACAACCUUCCAUAUAAACAUGUUAUGCAGUUUUUUUAAAAACAAUUUUUUAUUACAUUUUUCAAGUAAUGAUAAUCUGAAUAUGAUUUGAUGAUGAUAAAGUAAAAUAUGAUAUGAAGUCAUGUUUAAGAAGCCAACAGUAACUUUUCUCAAGAAAAAAUUGAAAAUAACAUGAUUAUAAUUAUCUGUCAAAAACAACAAACUUUAUGGAACACAACUCAUACCAGAAGGGCAAUCCACAUUAGAAAACUAUUUUAAACAUGUGAGUGGGGCAAUCCUGUUCACUAGUCAACUAAUACUUUGUGAAAGCAAUUUUUACUUUUAUUACAGCAGUCAGCAGGGAGUCAUUUUGAAUCAGUCAACUUCACACACCUGGACCUGGAAUUUUAUCAGGCUCUUCCUUGCAAAAAAGUUCAAAUUUAAGUUCCGAGGGGACCUCCUGGGAACAGUCCUGCAUAGUACAUCAUUUCAGAGGUUUUCAAUUAGAUUGAGGUCUAGUCUCUGACUGGGCCAUUCCAAUACUUUGAUUUGAAGUCAUGGUUAAAUUCCUCUUCAUCUUCAGCUUUCUGACACAGAUCAGCAGGUUGUGCAACAUAUCUUGAUAUUUGGAGCUCUUUAUUAUGCCUCUAUCCUGACUAGAACCCCUUUCCCAGCUGAAGUAAAAGCAGGCCCUAAACAUUAUGCUGCCAUCACCAUGCUCCACAGUAGGUAUGGUGGUAUUUUUGUAAGCUGUGUUGUCUUUGCAUCAAACAUCUUUUAGAAUAAAGAACAAAAAGUUCCCAUGUGGUGGGAAAGUAGAACAUUUAGAAGUUACCAUUCUUGUGUUGCACCUACAAUUAAGUGUACCUUCAUGUAUUGGUAAACUCGGUAAUUUGCUGACUUUGAUAGAAGCUGUAUGAAUGCCUAUGCCUAAUAUUUUUAAUAUGCAAUACCAUUUGCUAUCAGCUGUAACACCAUGUGUUCUUCUCUUGUCAAACUGCUGAAUUUAAGCAUGUGUGGCUCAGUUAAUAGCCUACUUAGGAGAACUGCAAUUUGCAGCUGGAAGGGAUGCAUUCUUCUCUCUGACCCAUAGAAGGAGGUCUACAGCCCGCAGCCCUGUGCUUAGUUAUUCUUUGGAUGAGAUGAGGUAUUGACUAGAGUAACUAAAAUCCCACAGCCUUUUUGAAACAGCAGGGCAUUUAAACUGGUUACUUUUCCAUAAAAUUGACUCCACAUCUGAAUACUGAAUCAUCCCUUUACAUUGGUAUCAAUGGAAAUGAGAAUUAUGUUCAGACCUACCUGAUAAAUAUAUAGGCUACUUUUAAAAAUAUAUAUGUUUUGUUAAGAUGUUUUCAUCAUGUAUAAUUCUAUGAAAUGUGUAACAAUUCAUAAUUCCUAAAUAAGUACUGAAUUUGUUGUCAUUGUUUCCAUUUAUAUCAAGCACAAUUACCGGAUUCAAGCAAUUGUGAGAGCUGAAAUGCUACAGAAUGUGAGCUUCCAGGUUUAAACUCUCCUGGUACAGCAGAGUUUGCUCAUUUUCAGUAUAUAUCAUUCAGUACACUUCGUUUUUUAUUUUUUAUUUAUUAACUAUGAGCAACAGAUAUAAUUUGGGACUUUAGAAGAGUAUAAGUGCUUGAUGAUUUAAAGCAUGUCUUUCCUGCAAAGUGGGUAUUAUGGAUAUGCCAUGGACUUCUAAGUCACCCAAGCAAGUAUUUAUUAGAUAUUAUGGGAAAAUCAAACCUGAGAUCAUUUUCUAUUUCAGCAAGUGUGAGUUCAUUGACUGGUGUCAUAUUCUUUCUGCUACUUCUACAAGCUGUUUUGGUGGCACACGGUGCCACAAUGCCCUAUUAUAUACCCUUUUAUUUAUGUUUUUACCUUCAUAAGAAGUUGUUUUACCUGUUAUAAGAUAAUAAGUUAUUACAUUAUCUGCACUACACAUCUUCUUAAUAAAGCUUCAUAAUAACA